AUGGUUUCAAUAUAUCAAAAAUACAGUCAGUUGAUCGCCAAGCGUCCACUUGUAACUAAUAUCAUCACAACAGGAUUUCUCUUCGGGUCUGGUGAUUAUUUGGCACAGAAGUUGUACCCUUCGUCCAACAAAUAUGACUACAAAAGAACAUUAAGAGCAACUUUCUACGGAUCAAUCAUAUUUGCUCCAAUUGGUGAUAAAUGGUAUAGGUUCCUUCAUAAAAUCAAUUUUCCUUUUCCAAAGACUAAGGUAUCCCCAUCAGCUAACAAAGUGUUGAAUACACUAAGCAAAGUUGGAGCAGACCAAUUGGUAUUUGCCCCAUUUUUAGGUAUUCCGUUAUAUUAUUCGGUGAUGGCGAUAUUGGAGUUCAAUGAAAAUCCAUUGCAGGUUGCUCGUGACAAAUUACAAGCGCAUUGGUUUAGCACUCUCAAGACUAAUUGGGUAGUAUGGCCUGCUCUACAGCUAUUCAAUUUCGCCUUGAUCCCAGUUCAAUUCAGGCUAUUUGUCGUUAAUGUUUUCAGCAUUGGAUGGAACUGCUAUUUAAGUUCCGUUCUUAAUCAUAAACAUAAUUCCAUGAUUGAAAAUGUAACGGAUGUCGAUAAAGAUGAAAUUUUAAUCUAA